GCCUCCCACUCAUCUCCUCGAUUCCAACCUUCACCAGACGAUUACGAACCCAGAUACUCGAAGAACGCAACGAGAGAAAAAAAAAAAGAAAGAAACUUUUGGAGAAUGAAAGCAGAGCUGAACUUACCAGCAGGAUUCCGAUUCCACCCCACAGACGAAGAGCUAGUGAGAUUCUACCUGAUCCGUAAAUGCGCGUCGGAGCAGAUCUCAGCUCCGGUCAUCGCCGAAAUCGACCUCUACAAGUUCAAUCCUUGGGAGCUUCCAGAGAUGUCUCUGUACGGAGAUAAAGAGUGGUACUUUUUCUCGCCACGAGACCGGAAAUACCCAAACGGCUCGCGUCCUAACCGGGCGGCAGGAGCCGGUUAUUGGAAAGCCACCGGAGCUGAUAAACCGAUCGGUAAACCGAAGACGUUGGGGAUAAAGAAAGCUCUCGUGUUCUACGCUGGGAAAGCUCCCAAAGGGAUUAAAACGAAUUGGAUUAUGCAUGAGUAUCGCCUCGCUAAUGUUGAUAGAUCGGCUUCUGUUAGCAAAAAGAACAACCUACGACUUGAUGAUUGGGUGUUAUGCCGAAUCUACAAUAAGAAAGGAACCAUGGAGAAGUACUACCCUGCUGAUGAGAAACCGAGGACCAUGACGGAUCAGUCAUCAUCGUCGCCUUUUGAUACAUCGGUGUCGACAUUGCAAGAGGAGGAUUCGAGCAGCUCGGGGGGUCACGGUCAUGUGGUAUCACCUGAUGCUAAGGAAGUUCAGAGCGAGCCUAAAUGGAGAGAGCUUGAGGAUGCUUUGGAGGCUUUUGAUUCUUCCAUGUUUGGUGGUUGCUCCAUGGAUAUGUUGCAGAGCGAUGCUUAUAUACCUCAGUUCAUGCAUCAGCCUACCGAUUGUUUCACAACCUUACAGGAUCCGUUUGAGCAGAAACCGUUUUUGAACUGGAGUUUUGCUCCACAGGGGUGAAAAGGAAGAGAUGUUGGUGUUGUGAUGUGGUAGAGAGAAGUUCUCAAUCAUUUGUUUCUUAGUAGUAAAAAAAGAUUGUAUAGUGUUGAUAGUUCUUAGCAUCAAUGUCUCAUUGAUAGGCAAAUUCUUGUAAUUUCAUUAUAUGAAAAUAUACACAUUCUUCAGGAUA